GGAACACCAAAGACAGAGAAAAAAAAAUCCAGUCACCAAACUGAACCAUGCGCCUCCACCACCGAGUGGGUUUGACUAAUUAUUAGGAAGUCCGUGUUUACUCAAGUUGGAUGACUUUGUGGACGACCGUCAUACAAUGUUUUUAUGCGACUUAGUCUGGUUUUUGGAUCGUCGUCACUGUCCGCUUGUGGCGACGCCGUUCAACAACACAGAUGGGCUUUGGAUUUCAGAAAGAAUGGGAUUAUAAAUCAAGACGGAAUGUUUUGCUGCGUCUUACUGGCGCUGACUCUUCAGUGCGGGCUUUUACUCACAGCAGGAUUUUAACCAAAAUUGAAUGAUGGCGUUCCGGUGGGGUCCUCCCUGUGAAGAUGAGGAGAAACGAGCGCGGUUCUCUUACUGCGAGAAUGACUAUGGCGCGUGGAGGACUCUGGCAGAUUCUUUUGCAGCAGAAGAGGAAUCGUUUGCAUGGCAGAGGCCCAAAACUCUACUUUUACGACGCACAUCCCAAGGAUUCGGUUUCACCUUGCGACACUUCAUCGUGUAUCCCCCGGAAUCGAGCGUGCACGGCUUCCAGGUGGAAGAUCAAGGCCGUAGAGGGAGGCAGCAGAGUCGGCUGGACGCCAUGGACACUAUAUUUGUGAAGCAAGUCAAGGAAGGUGGUCCUGCUCAUGAAGCUGGGCUUUGCACAGGUGAUCGAAUAGUGAAGGUGAAUGGAGCCAGCAUCAUUGGGAAAGCCUACGGGGAGGUCAUAUCUUUGAUUCAAGACAGUGGAGACUUUCUUGAACUGUGCGUGAUGCCAAAAGAUGAAGAUAUCCUACAGCUGGCUUAUUCCCAGGAUGCCUACAUCCGUGGCCACAGCAGCUACAGUGGAAACGCCAGCCACAUCCCCGACCCACCACCAGUAUGUUACCCCAGAAUAGACUGUAAGCCUACGGGCAUGGCCCAGGCAACAGAUUUGACAGGGCAGGUUGGCCGAGGGCCAAUGCCAGCUCCUGACCACGGGUAUCGCAAGGAAAUCACCGUGCCCCCAUCUCCUCCCCGUCAGCAGUACCCUAAAAGUCAAACCGCAGUGUGCAUGCUCAACAACAAUGUUAGGACUGUGGUGGUUCCUCCUAUUCCGGCCCAAAUGGGGCACAUGGGUCCAGCACACAGGAUGGAUUUCACAGGACCUGCCUUUGUCAGAGGGAGACCUGGGUCAUUAGCCCAGUAUCCUCACCCUCAAAAGGCGGAUGUCUACCCUGGUGGUCCAGGUAUGGUCCUAAUGGGAGCUCAGGUGCCUCAGUACCCAGGAAACCAUCAAAACAUUGACUGGCGCACAUACCAAACUUACAGGGAGUAUAUUGAUAACAAGGGAAUUCAUUCCCAUGGCAGUCGGACUAUCCAAGACCGGCUGGACAGUUUGCGAACUGCCAGUCAGGGUCCUUUUCCCACCCCCCAUCACAUUGCCCGAGGUGACUGGGCCCCUAAGGAUAUACGACGCAGGAGUACGUCCCAUGAACGGUCGUACCAUGGACCUCCACUUCACUUUCAGGUUGCCCCACGAAGUGUUUCACAAGACCGCAUGCUCAAUGCCGAAAAGAUUAGCCGUGCGUCAGACUGGCCCCCUCGAAGUGCGUCCCAAGAUGGCCUUGUCCACAAAGCUCGAGUACGCACCACAGACUAUAGUGAUCCAGCAGAACUAGCUUGGUCUAAUGAGAGAAAAGUCGGACCUGGAAGGGCAGACCAAGGCACCAGGCCGACCAGACAGUCGAUGCCUAGACACGCUAUGCUUUACCGGCCCUCUGCUGGAUUUGGGGGUGCCAUGAGGGUGCCAACAAACCCUUCCUUCUACCACAAAGGACCAAAUUUUAAUCAAACCCGAUCAACCCCCAUGCUCCCUGAAAGGACCGUACAUUAUGGAAAUAGCAAAAGUGUUGAUCAAUCUUUCUCCGACCAAAGAGUUGCAGUCAGUUUAGGCCAAAUGAGCCAACAAGGCCAAAGCCGGAUGCGAGCAGAAACCAUUCACACCACUGAGACGAGAAGAGACGAAGCAUUGAGAGGAGUUCGAUCCGCAUCGUGCUCUGCUCCCAAAGAGCUCCCCCAAAGGCCCGUCAUCCUGAACGUAUCCCAACCAGAUCCUCAGAAUGAAAUCAACGGGCAAAGUCCGUCGGAGGUCGAGGUGGUUCUAAGGCAGAAGCCUCCCUCUGGAAAGAACCCAAGUCCCCUGCGGCACCACUCCUACAUCCUGGCUGUGAACGACGAGGGAGCGGACGUGAUGGCGUGCUAUCUUCCAAACGAUGCACGUCGGGAGAUGCAGAUGCGCCGCCUCGAGGAGCAUCACACCUCCUGCUCCAGCAACCUGGACGAGUCUCUGGAUUCCAUUCCGUUCAUUGACGAGCCCGUCAGCCCGAGUGUCGACCGGGAGGCGACUCAUAUUCCUCCCUCUGCUGUGAUAUCUGUUGCACCAUCCAUAGCCACAGCGCCUUCCAGUCAAGGCUCACCAUGUCUUCCCAUUCGCCGUCAGCUAUCACAUGACCAAGAAUCCAUGCGAAGCGCGUUGUUGGACUCGGACUCUGCCAGUAAAACCGAGCGCUCCAAGUCUUAUGAUGAGGGCUUGGACAGCUACCCGGAGGAGGGCAGGGGGAGAUCUUCUAGUAAACAAAUAUCAGGUUUCAGGGGACUACGAAAGACUCUGGACGGACACAAAUCAUCUGGAGAUGCUGGAUCCCGCAGGGAAUCUUCUUCCUGCAUCUUCCCCGAUUCUUCCAAAGAAGGGUUGCUUAACUUCCGACAGCUUUGCACAGAGAAAAAUAAGCGUGUCAGCGGAGGCUUGAGGUCAUGGAAGCAAAUAUACGCCGUUCUACAAGGUCAGACUCUGACCCUGUACAAAGAUCGGAAAGACGCUCUGUCGGAGGAAGACCCGCUGCGAGUCGGCAUCAAAGCCUGCCUGAUUGACAUUUCCUAUUGUGACACGAGACGGAAGAACGUGCUGCGACUAACCACCACAGACUGCAAGUAUUUGUUCCAGGCAGACGGCAAGGAGGAGAUGUUAUCAUGGAUCAAAGUCAUUCAGGAUAGCAGCAACCCAGACGAAGAGAAUGCUGCGGUAACCAGCCAGGAUCUGAUCAACAGGAAGAUCAAAGAAUACAGCAUGAGCUCUUCCAGCAGCAGAUCUGAACCCUCCCCCAAAACAGCCAGGCAGUCGCUCAGCAUCAGGCAAGCUCUGCUGGGGGGGAAAAACGAUGGCCGGGUUCUUAGUCCCCAUUCCCCUAAAAUGGGAGAGGAGCGGAGGACUCUUAAAGAUGAGGCAAGUCCUCCUCGGGACCGGGGAGCCUGGAAAAUCGGUAUUCCGGGAAUCAUGAGGAAGCCCUUUGAAAAAAAGACCCCAGCGGGGAUCACGUUUGAAAUCCGGCUCGAAGACUGUCCACCUUCAAAAAGUAACGAGUUUGUUCCGCUCAUCGUGGAGCUGUGCUGUCAAGUGGUGGAGGAGCGAGGGUUGGAGUUCACGGGGAUCUACAGGGUUCCUGGGAAGAAAGCCGCCAUCUCCAGCAUGCAGGAGGAGCUCAAUACCAAAGGCAUGGCGGACAUCGACCUCCAGGAGGAGAAAUGGCAGGACUUGAGCGUCAUUAGCAGUUUACUAAAACUGUUUUUUCGGAAACUUCCAGAACCUCUUUUUACAAACGACAAAUAUGAUGAAUUUAUUGAAGCUAGUAAAACUGAAGACCCAGUGGAGAGACUCAAGAAGCUCAAGAGACUGGUCUAUGAACUUCCAAAACAUCAUUUUGAAACUCUUAAAUUCCUUUGCGCUCACCUGAAGAGGGUUUCUGACAACUGUGAAAAAAACAAGAUGGAGCCUCGUAACCUGGCCAUCAUGUUUGGCCCCACUCUGGUCCGGACCUCAGAAGACGACAUGACCAACAUGGUCAACCACAUGCCGGAUCAGUGCAAGAUAGUGGAGAACCUCAUCCAGCAGUACGACUGGUUCUUCACAGAGGAGAACGAAGAAGACCCAAUCACUACCGCAGACCAGGAGGGCACAGUUCAGUCCCAGCCUGUGCCCAACAUCGACCACCUGCUCCCCAACAUCCGGCGCAGCUCAACCUCUCCAGGUGAAGUCUCAGACUCAGCAUGUAGUGACUCCUCCAGAUUAGUGCUCACCUCCUUCUUUGCUAACCGCAAACGCAAGAAGCCCAAGGACAAAUCUGUGGCCAACAGCUCAGACGACGACCUGGACGCCGUUUUCACUAAGGAGGAGGUGCAGACGGAGGGCCAGCAGCCGCCUCUGCAGACGCAGGCGGACGUGCAGACGGACGACAAAGAGAGGUGCAGGGACAGCUCGGAGGAGGAGCUGGACAAGCCCGUGCGGGACGAGCCGUACCCCCCUCACUACCUGUCUCCAGAGCACACGCCCCCCGCCCUCCAAACGGCGUCGCCGUACCCCUUCCCCUUCCCGAAUCUCAGCUACUCCGUGCAGACGGCCCACGAGUCGUCCACCAGCUACGACGACGUGGUGUCCGACCUCGGUACGAUGAACAGCACCAGCUCCCAGGCGUCGGCGCCCAGAACCAGGCGAGGGAAGGGGGCGUGUCCGGGAGCCGAGGUUUGCUCCAUCACCUCGGACUACUCCACCACCUCGUCCAUGACCUUCCUGACCGGAGCCGAACACGGCGCGCUCAGCCCCGAGGUGCAGUCGGUGUCGGAGAGCCGCGGCGGCGACGACGCCGACGACGAGAGGAGCGAGCUGAUCAGCGAGGGGCGGCCGGUGGAGACGGACAGCGAGAGCGACCUGUCGGUGUUCACCGUCGGGAAGCCGGAGGAAGUUUCCCGAGCCUUCCCCACCCAGAGGCUCAUCGAGUGCGACACGCUGUCGAGGAAGAAGUCCGCCCAGCAGAAAACCGACAGCGAGUCGUCUCUGGAGAAGGACUCCAGCAGACUGUCCCGCGGGUCCGGGUCGGUGAAGGGACGCUCCACCGGCAGCCUCAGCGCCUCCUCGCGGAACGAGCUGGACAAGUCGGAGCCGGCGUGGAAGCUGAAGAUCACCGACCGGCUGAAGGUCCGGCUGCGGAUGUCCGCCGAUGACAUGUUUGGCGUGGGCAGUCAGAGGAGCCGGUCGCCGGAGGCCCGCAGCAAGAAGAAGAAGAACAUCCGGCGCCGGCACACCAUGGGCGGGCAGAGGGACUUCGAGGAGCUGUCCGUCUUGGGGGUGUGGUCGCAGCAGGGCGGUGGUUCCGGCUCGCGGUCGGAGCUGUCGGCCGUGGACCGGCUCAAACCCAAGUGCAGCUCUCAGGACUUUUCCAUCGGAGACUGGAUCGCCAGAGAGCGCCACCGCACCAGCAACCCCGAGGUCAGCUUCGACCUCUCCGAACAGCAGGGGGAGCCGCAGAACCCGGGACCCUCCGAAGCCCCGCCCAGUAAAAACCUGAGCCUGUCCGCCACCGCACACCCCCAUAAGCUCACCAGUUCCCAGGUGGUCCAUUCCCGUUUCUACCAGUACCUGUGAGGAACGCUUGAGCGCCGUGCGACCGGCGAGCAUGUUUACAGAACUCAAACCUACUGCUGGCAUGAAACGUUGUUUAUAUCCUUUAUUUUUCUUAUUUUUUUAUGACUCAGGAGGAAAUCCUCCCCAUAGAAGUUCCUGUUGAGUUUACUUUAAGGUUACUAAUAGGAAGUAGUUAGUGUUGCAGAGGAAGUAUUUUUAUGUAAAGAAAGUUCCAUAAAGUGAGUGCGGCUGCAGGAACCAAAUGAAGAAUGUACAGACGUGCUUUCGCUGUAAUACCGACUAAAAGCUUUACACGCUCGGGCUUCAGUCAAGAGUGUACAUAGCCCCAUUUUUCUCUGUACUUGAAGUGUGUUUUUUUUGGUACAGCCUGUGUGUGACUCUGCUGUCCAAGAGGCCUUUCCAAAGGUACGACGUUCCGACGAGGAGACACUGGACUUAUGCAAAUGGGAAAAAAAAAAAACGUCAUCUCCGUGUGCUUGAAAAAAAAAAAAACAUCCGCAAAAGAAGAUAUCAAUCAGGAAAUGUUUCUUUGUUAAAGAAAGUGCCUCGACGAAUUGUUUAGGGUGCCAUACUGUCUUUGAGAAACUGUGAAUGAUGUUUCCAUGGCGACUCAUUCGACACUGAUGCCGAGCUUCCAUUCUCAAGGCAUUCCAGUCUGCUCUUAACCUGUUUUAUACUCAUUUAUCCUCCUGUUUUUCAUGUUUUUUUUUAAACAGAACUUGAAUUUUAAAGUAAUUUAAAUGUCACCUUUUAGCUGCUUUACUUUGCUUUUACAUCAGCUGUAAGGAAUAGGAAUACGAUGUGAGGAGAAGACCUGAACGUUUGGGAGAUGGAGGCGGUUUGGCGUCUCCGUGGAGAAACGCACUUCGAGUUUUCCAUCAUUUGUAUCGGUGCAGCGCUCCUCUGACUGUGUGGCGGGGGGACUCCUGAAAUACUGGAAAUAAAUCUUUUAACAGUG